UGAUCCUAGACGUCAACCUGAACGCCAGCCAGAUCCAAGGCGUCAACCUGAGCGUCAACCUGAUGCUAGACGUCAACCCGAACGCCAGCCAGAUCCAAGACGUCAACCUGAACCCCAACCUGAUCCUAGACGUCAACCUGAAAGACAGCCAGAUCCAAGACGUCAACCUGAACUCCAACCAACUCCAAGGCGUCAACCUGAGCGUCAGCCAGAUCCAAGACGUCAACCUGAGCGUCAGCCAGAUCCAAGACGUCAGCCAGAUCCGAGACGUCAACCUGAACGCCAACCUGAUUCAAGGCGUCAGCCUGAACUCCAACCAGAUCCAAGACGUCAACCCGAUCCAAGCGGUCAGCCAGAUCCAAGACGCCAACCAGAUCUAAGACGUCAGCCAGAUUCAAGACUUCAGCCAGAUACAAGACGUCAACCUGAACGCCAACCCUAUCCAAGACGUCAACCUGAACCUAGACCUGAUUCAAGAGGUCAACCUGAUCCAAGGCGUCAACCUGUAUUUCAACCCGACCCAAGACGUCAACCUGAACUCCAACCUGAUUCUAGACAACAACCUGGUCCACGAGAGACGUAUCCAAGACAACCUUACACAGAGCGACAAGUUGGUUCUAGGCAAUUACCUUACGAACCUAUAAGACCUGACCCAAGACUGCAACCAGCUCCAAGGCAACCUCAAAUUGACAGACGCCCCAUCAUAAGACGUCCUGUCGUCUCAGUUCCAGGUAGAACUGUAACGAGGAGAUCUCGACCACUCAGUUGCAACUUACAUCAAUCAGAUUAUGAAGAUAGGAAGCAACUUAAAAGAUACAGAAAUCCUAGAAAUGGGGCGAUCAAAUGGCAUGCAACGAUAUUCAACUCCGAAGGAACGCCUAUAUGUAACGGGGCAAGUAUUCACAACGAAUGGGUUAUUACGCAUGCACAUUGCCUGGAUGGAUCGAGGAUCAAAGUUGCGAUUGGGGAAAGCAGAAAGAGAAAAGCCUUGCUUUACGAUGCAAAAGAUAUAGUUUUGCACCACUUGUAUAGGAGGGGAUCAAGUCGAUAUGAUGUGGCUUUGGUACAUCUCCCUCCAGGAGAUAUCCGCAUUAACCGCCCCUGUAUUGUCUCUGACACGCAUGCAAUAGAGCUGAUAAAAUCAAGGGUUAGGGGUGCCCUUACAGCAAGGUCCAAUAACCCCAGAUCUCCCCAAAAACUGAAACUUCGUAGUAUUUCUAUGAAAUUGGUGUCUGGGAAAAAAACAUGUGGAGAUAGAAAUACGUGUGUGAAACAUUACAGUCGAAAGCUUAACCGUGAUAAAUAUUCGACCUCGGGGUCGCCUAUGUACGUAGAUACAGGGCGAACCGGAUGGGCCCUUAUAGGUCUUAACAAUGGAACCAGAGACAGGUUUUACACUGAUAUAACAAAACACAUUGACUGGAUGGAACACAUCAUAAAACAAAGAGAAUCAAACGCAGUGUAAUCAUUUUCAAUCUGCCUGAUAUGAAUCGGCUUUAAUUCAAUGUGAUGCAGUUCCUGUUCCCGACUGCCAACGUUUCACUUUCUUUAUUGAUAAUAUACUAGCAUCUUGUAAAUAAUGUAUGUCUUUGUAUAAAGGUUAAGGAAUGCUAGAUACAUGGAUCAAAUCCAAUCAUAUAUGCCUCAGUGAAAUAGUAGACUCAUUAUAUCAUUGUUAUUAUAAUACAUUAUAAGUACAUUUCAACUGUAUUUAAUAUACCUUUAAGGUAGUCAACUUUUUCAAUAUCUUAUAUAUUCUUCUAAAAUCAGGUGUAUUGUGACAAUUAUAUGUAUUAAAAUUACUUAUUUUGCUAUAUAUGAUUUACGUUCGCAUGUAUAGGUUAUCGAAAGCUAUCUUUAAAGUUAAACAGAGAACACAGUCAGAACGACCAACUUCUACCAAUAAUCAAAUACUGUUUAUGCAUCAGCCAAAAUGUAUUUAUUUCUACCUCAGUUGUAUCAUCUAGACCUGUAGACCAUAGGCUACUUAGGUCGAUAGAAACAAUUUUAAAAUAAAGAUGGCAUGAAAAAAGAUAAUACUGGGCUCUGGUGGUGCUGCCAUCUUUAUAUCGGCCCAGAACCUAUGAUCUUGACCAUGAUAGAUGUGAAGAAACGUCCGUGUCAUUAUCAAGACAUGGUAAAU